ACAAAACCUCUCACUCACAACGUGUUUUCUGAUCUGGUGCUCGUGCGAGGAAAACAUGGCUCUAGCACAGGCCCACAAGGCCAAAAAAUUCAGCAUAAAUGAAUUACGCAGACGAAGCCGCUCGUACUUUCACCGGCAAUGCCGCAUCAUCGUGCGAAACCUUUCAUACAAAAUCACCGAAAAGAAGCUGCGCAAGGAAUUCGAACGGUUCGGCAAACUGGAGGAAGUGAAUAUCCUUAAGCGGGAGGAUGGCAAGAUGGUCGGUUGUGCGUUUCUGCAGUUUUCCCAGCGAGAAGAGUCGGAUAAAGCGAUCGACGAGAUGGACGGGCAUGUUUACAUGGGAAGAAAGAUAGGGGUGCAGUAUGCAAAGGAUAAAUCGGACUAUUCCAGGGUGAAGCAGGAGAAAAUCAAAGAGGAAGAUGCUAUUAAACUCGAAGACGAUGAAGAUGUUGAAAUCAAGGAGGAGAAGGAUGAGGAUGGCGACGAGGAAGACGAUGCUGAGGACGACGAGGAGGACGACGAAAUGGACGAUGAGGAUGAUGAUGAAGAUGACGAUGGGAAUGACGAGGAAUUCGAUGAUGAUGAGGAAGAUGAGGAAGAUUUCGAUGAUGAAGAGGAUGAAGACGAGGAAGAUGAAGACAAAAAGCCAUCAAAGCUGCUGAAAGCUAAGAUUAAACAGGAGAAACGCAAUGAAGUGGAAGAAGGCCGCGAAGUGUUCGUAAAGAACCUUCCCUACGAUGUGGAAGCGAACGAACUGAAGGAGAUCAUGUCCCAGUUUGGCAUAGUGGAGAAGGUGUUGAUCAACCGGGAACGUAUAUCGGGCCACUCGAAGGGUACGGCGUUUGUAAUCUUUAAGCUGAAAGACUCGGCACAGCUAAGCUGCCGACAAAGUCUGAAGCUGAAGGUGCACGAUCAGUACGUCGAAAUCAUGCCCGCGCUGCGCAAGAAGGACAUCCUGGAUCGGGAGAAGGCAAAGCAGGAGAAGCGUGCGAAAGAUUCGCGCAAUCUGUACCUUCUGAAGGAAGGCCUGAUAAUGGCCGGUUCGCCGGCGGCGAAGGGCGUCUCACAGUCCGAUAUGUCGCAACGGUUGCGCCUGGAACAGCGCAGCAAUGAAAUCCUCAAGAACUUCAACCGGUUCGUCGCACGCGACCGGCUAACCAUUCACAACAUCCCGCAAAGCUACACGAACGAAGAUCUGCGCAAGAUGAUCAUCAACUUCACCUCCUACAGGCCCCGCGAGUGUCGCGUGAUGCGAGACAACCGUCCAUCGUUUGGCAGUGCGGCGGGACGGUCGCGCGGCUAUGGGUUCGUUUCGUUUCCAAAGCACGAAAUAGCGCUGGACGUGCUGCGGAAGCUCAACAACAACCCGUCAGUGUUCGGCAAGAACAGUCGGCCGAUCGUGUCGUUCAGCAUCGAGGACCGAAACGUGUACAACAUACGGCAAAAGCGGUUGGAAAAAUCGCGCGCAAACAAUCCUACCUACCAGAAGAAGAUACAGGAGCUGCAGGAGAAGAAGGCGAAACGGUCGCAGAGCAGAAAGGAAACGAAGCGGCAAACGCUGGAAAAGCUGGCCGUGGCGCCGACUGCCCUGCUGCAAAAGCUGAAUCCGAACGCGAAACCGGUCGCGCUGGUACCGAAGAAGAAGCAGCGCAAGCGCGACCUCGAACAGAUGGUGACGCCGUUCUCGGGCGAGCUGUCGAAGGAGGGGAAAGCGGGGCUGCGCUCGAACCGCAAGAUUACGUACCAGGCCGAUGCGCACCUGCAGCGCAUCAAGGAGGAGCGCAAGGAGGGCAAGAAAUUGCGGCGCAAGCAGGAGGCAGCGCGUAAUCGCAUUGCGAAGCAGGGCAAUAAGAGGGUGAAGCAGAAAAUGAACGUAAAUGAGCUGAAGAAGGAAGACGCCUUCUUUAACGAGGCCAUCGGCAAGUACAAAAAUAUGAUCAGCCAGGCGACGAAACAGCCGGUACGCAAGAAGAAAUGGUACAGCGAGUGAGUGAAGAUGGUGUUUCGUGGCAUAUCGGUUCAUACGUUUAUUUUGUAUCGUAUAUAAGUAACAAAGUGGAUAAUAAAUGAGAAACAGCACAUUUGUUGUCUACCACA